GUAGCAGCCAUGUCUGGAAUUUCCUGGUACAGACCUACAACAUCAUGGCUCUGUGUGAGGAGGAAUAUGUCGUGGAACCCUCGUCACUGAAGUUUCUGGUGGAGCAUGGGUUUGACUUCAACAAGCAAUACUCUUGUGGAAUUAGUUAUUACAGAGGCAAUGACAAGCUGGGUUCUCUACAAGAUGGCACAAGUUUGAGGUCCCUCUUCUCUGUGAUAGUAAGGAGUGGCAAGCCGGUGAUUCUCCAUAAUGCGCUGACAGACCUGGUAUAUUUGUAUCAGAACUUUUACGCGAACCUUCCUCCCACCAUGCCCUCGUUUAUUGCAGACCUAACGGAAAUGUUCACGGGCGGUGUUUAUGACACGAAGUACAUCACAGACUAUGUCCAUCGAAUGCCAGCUUCCUACCUAGAAUAUGUGUUCAGAAAAAGCCAAAGAGACAAUGUGGAGCAUUACGAGACAGAACAGUCAUCUGUGACCAUCAACAUCUUGCCCUAUCCCCCGAGUGAGACGGUAAACCAUUGUAGGUGUGGUCCCCCCAGUAAAACGCUCCAGAACAUUUAUCCAGACCAGGACACAUUCCAGGCCAUUAAAAAUCACGUCUGUGAAAGAUUCGCGGGUCAUGGAUGGUGCUCAAAUGGUGAUCAGUGUAGCAAGUCACAUGAUAUUGACCUAAUUCUCGAUGUAGACCAUCUUGUCCAGACCAAAAAGAGUCGCAAACGGAAGCGAAGGAUUCGUAACCAACAGGAAAAUGGAGACGAUAAUGAUGAGGGACAGGAACCAGUGAGUAACCAAUUCACAAAGGACCAGUUUGAAGAAUUUAUUCAGAACAGACUUGGAAAUCGGGAAGUUUGCAGAGCGGGAUGUCACCGAGCAGGUUUUGAUUCCUUUAUGACCGGAUUUUCAUUUGCUGUGUAUAUUUCCAAAUAUGGUAGUUAUAAUGGCAGUUUUUGCCUUGAUAGCUGUGGAAUGGAAGCUUUUAAGAACAAUGUCUACCUAAGUGGGAAAGACAUGCCCUUGUCUAUUGUGAAAAGUGCUUUUUCAAAAACCUCUAAAGAUCAUAAAGAUAAAAUUAAAAGGAUGUCAAACGGUGUAGCUGAUAUGGAGAACAUGGAGCAUGUAAACAGUGAUGCACAAUGACAUGACAGUAUCAGGAUAUAUAGCACAGCUGACAAUGUGUGUCAUCACUAAUUAAAACCAGGUCAAUAGUUAGAGUGAUGAUGUGUUUCCUGUUAUGCAUUCUAUAGUACUUAUGAUGUUGAUCACUCUGACAGGAAAUGUCAUCUAUCCCACACUAAGAAUGAUCGUAAACUGUCUAUAUACAUAGCUGUAGGAGAGGAGCUCUGCUGGUCAACAAGCCAAGAAUGACUUAUCAACAGUACUUGCCCACAUGUUUGUCAGUUAACCAAAUGAAAACAUGUGCCAGGGUGUGUCUGACAAUUACAUUGUUUGUGUCUUACUAUUGUACCACAAAUUUCAAAUACCACUACCACUACCAAAUAUGGCCACAUGUGAAGUAAUAAACAAGUGAUUCAGAUUUUAA